AUGAAGAUUUUUAGUUGGGUUCAGAGAAGACUUGGUGGAAAGAAGCAUGAGACAACUUUAGAUUCUUCUCAAGAAUCACCAGGGCCUGCUUUGAGUAAAGACCUCCAAAGUUGGACUCAAGAUGAAGAAACUUUCUUAGCCAUUGGAACACUUGGAAACAAUAUCAUCUCCAGGGAUGAAGAGGAAGAAGAUGCAGAUUCUAGCAAAGAUCUCACUGCCACUAAUACAGAUGUCAGUAUAGGAAAGAAGAAGUCACUCUCUUUUCUUUUUAAGAAAAUGUUUGUUUGCUCAAGUGGCUUCAAAACUCCACCUCCUCUUCUUGAUUUUUCUAGAGAUUCAUUGCCAAAUACAAGAAUGGAAAAGAUGCUAAGGACAAUACUUAACAAGAAGAUACAUCCGCAACGUUCAAAUGCUAUAGCAAAGAAGUAUUUGGAGAAUCAUAAGAUUAUAGAUGAGGCUCGUUCAAGUGUGGAGGUCAAGAAAUGGGUCAAGACUGAUUCUGAAUAUAUUGUCUUGGAGAUGUAGAUAUCAACCAAUAAGCUAAAAAUGGACCUGAUUGAUUGUCAUGGAAUCAAAUGAGUGGUGUAAGCUCAAGUGUUAAAGAUUUGGGGAAUAACAUGAAGAUGAUAGAUAAUGAAAUAUCUUUUGAUAUUUACAGUCUACUUCCUAUUUUCUGUUUUUCUUGUUCCUCAUUUUUUCAGAUUUAAAUGUGGUGAAG